AUGCCCCCAAAAAGAAACGCGCAAUCAGUAUCCGGCGAGAUCUCCCUAAGUCACCUUAAGAGCUGCUUGGUCAACCUCCCGUCGUCGCUGGUCUCAUUACUAGUCAAUGUCAACACUCCGGCGCAAAAUGUUAUCGUCGAACUCAGCUACCGAGAUGCCUCGUCAACCGGGUCAGGCUCGCAGCAGCGCUCCGUAUUUGUAGGAUGGACAGGAAUGCCAAGCAAGAGAAGAACAGCUCCGCCUGCUACGCGCGAUGGACUCAAUGGCUCGAGGGUAUCUCGCGAUCAGGAGGUUCAGCUUGUUGAGCUCGAUGCUACUUUAGCAAAGACCUUGGGACUGUCAGAAGGACAGAAGAUCAUGGCCACCAUCCAUCUCGAUCCUCCGAUGGCGCAUACAAUUAACAUUGAACCUCUCACGCCAGAGGACUGGGAGAUCAUUGAGUUGCACGCGACUUUCCUCGAACUAAAUCUCCUGUCCCAGAUCCGAGCGUUGCCGAACCCCUCAUACAAAGUCGGCGACAAUCCUAUUGCGCCCCACGCAUUAACGCUGCACCUAUCCCCGACCUCGACAGCGAAUAUCAAGGUCAUCUCACUGGACCCUGCGCCUCCUGCAGACCUACCCUUUGCGAAGAUAUCCCCCGACGCCGAGGUGAUUGUCGCACCAAAAACGAGGCAGAAGAGCUCACUCAACUCUGGCGAUCAUAGAAGUGUGGCCAGCACUUCCAAGUCCAAGAGAAGCGCGACAAGUACGGUGCGGCGUCGAAGCGCAAAGGAAGAGCGACGGUCGGCCAUUUUCCUGCGCGGUCUCGAUCGAACGUCAUGCGAAGAAUGGUUUGACGAAGGACCACUGCCGCAGGAUUUUAGUGUAUGGGUUGAUCAUGACCUUCUUUCUGGAGAAGCUUUGAAAGGAGUGAACUACGUUGCGGUCGAUGUCAUCAGACCAGCUGGACUGCAGCAACCUCUGCCAGAAGAAGGCGGUGUUCCCACUGGUAUGACUGCAGCCACAAAGGUGAUCGCACACCUCCGGUCAUGGAUCGACCCUCCUAAUAGUCAGACGGUGGCUCUCUCAUCUCCCCUCUGUGCGACUCUCGGCUGCACUGGUAUGGUUGGCGGUAUCGUAAAGCUCCAAGCUGCGCAGCAACAACUUUCCAAAGGGACAGUCCAAAGCAUCAAGGUCUUCCCUUUCGCCACGAGUGCAAAGACGGUUGAAGGCCUUCGUUUUGGUGGAGAAUCCAAAGCCGAGAAAGAAGAAGCUGCGAAACGAUUUCGUCAGAUUUACGAUGGUUCUAGGGAUACCGAUGGGCUCCUCCAGGGCCCGGUAACAGACGGGUCUGUUAUAGGCUUAUACGACGGUCUUGAGGCUCCUCAGGGGUGGGAAGGUGGUAUUGUCAAGUUCACUUACGGUGCAGACUUCCAGGAGAGCAAGGAGGCAACAAAUUGGCUGCUUGGGCUCGAUUCCAAAUUGCCUAUUGACUUUCAGCCACCCACAACUCGGCCAUCCUGGAUGUCUGAACCCGAUGGCUUUGAGCGACAGCCGACUCACGACUCGCUCCUUGUCGGAAUUGACUCUCUGCUGAGCAACUUACAGUCCAACCUGAUGCACCUAUCUUCAGUUCUUCUCACAGGAGGCAUGGGUUCGGGGAAGUCUUCUAUUGCUAAGCACUUGGCCCAAAAGCUUCGACAAGAAUCAUUGUUCCAUACGCUUUAUUAUCCCUGUCGAAAACUUGUCAACGACGAGACGAGGAUUUCGACGAUAAAAGAAACACUCAAUCGCUUGUUCGCCUCUGCCAGUUGGGGCGCACGGUUGAACGGGAAGGCUGUAGUCAUCCUUGACGAUCUGGAUAAGCUUUGCCCUGUAGAGACAGAACUCCAGGUUGGAAACGAUAAUGGCAGGAGCAGGCAAGUGGGUGAGAUUCUUUGCUCUAUUGUGAGACAAUAUUGUACCCGGGACAGUGGCGUUGUGCUUUUGGCGACAGCUGAAGGCAAAGAGUCUAUCAACGGAGUCGUGGUCAGUGGCCACGUAGUGCGCGAGAUCGUAGAGCUCAAGGCACCUGAUAAGGAGGCAAGGCGCCGAGUCAUGGAGUCGAUCGUUAUGCAGGAUGCCGUGACUGCCGAUGAAGCCCAGGCACAGUUCAGUGAUGGAAGCCGACCCCAAACUGCUGACAGCAGCAUGACUGGAGGAGAUAGUGGUGCGUGGAUGGAUGGUCACAGCCACACGAGCAAGGAGGAUCGCCAAGCAAAGACAAGCGGCUUCGUUCUGGACCCGGAUCUUGAUUUCCUGGAUAUUUCAGGCUCUACCGACGGCUACAUGCCUGGCGACAUCAGCGUGCUGGUAUCCCGUGCGCGAAACGAAGCUAUUAUUCGAGCCAUUGCUGAAUCACCGGACUCAACAGGUGCCAUUCAUUUGGCUCGUGCUGACUUCGACAAGGCUCUCAAGGGCUUUACUCCCGCCUCGUUGAGGAAUGUGACGUUGCAGAGCUCAUCGACGAGCUUCAAGUCCAUCGGAGGUCUACAAGAAACGCGGCAGGUACUUCUGGAGACGCUACAAUAUCCUACCAAGUACGCACCAAUCUUCGCCCAAUGCCCUUUACGUCUCCGGUCGGGUCUUCUUCUUUAUGGAUAUCCCGGUUGUGGUAAAACUCUUCUUGCCAGCGCGGUUGCCGGCGAGUGUGGUCUUAACUUUAUCAGUGUCAAGGGUCCCGAGAUUCUAAACAAGUAUAUUGGUGCCUCUGAAAAGAGUGUCCGAGACUUGUUUGACAGAGCUCAAGCUGCGAAGCCAUGUGUGCUGUUUUUUGACGAGUUCGACUCCAUUGCGCCCAAAAGAGGACAUGACUCUACAGGCGUCACGGACCGCGUGGUUAACCAGCUUCUAACACAAAUGGACGGUGCCGAAGGUCUAUCAGGCGUCUAUGUGCUGGCAGCCACGUCUCGACCUGAUCUGAUUGAUCCCGCUUUACUUCGUCCUGGUCGACUAGACAAGUCUCUUCUGUGCGAUAUGCCUGCUUUGGAAGAUCGAGUCGAUAUCAUCAAAGCACUUUUCCAGAAGGUCAGACUCUCGGAUGAAUUGACUGAUACUGACGGGCCCCUUACCGACAUCGCUCGUCGAACCGAAGGAUUCUCGGGUGCUGAUCUACAGGCUCUUGUAUCCAACGCUCAACUGGAGGCUAUCCAUGACGUCUUGGACGUAGACGGGCCUGCAAUCACUUCGAAGCGAACCAACGGUACCAACGCCAAGUCCAACUCCACACCGAGCUUUGUGCAGUUCCGCUACGGAGAUAAAGUUAAGCCACUUAUGGAAGCCACUCCGAAGAGCAAGUCAGCUGCCCUCGUCGAGAAUGCAUCAAUUCUCGCAAAGCUCGAGGAAAUCAAGAUAGCUCGCAAGAAGUCAAAGCAAGUACACGGCAUUCCUGCAGGCAACGUUGAUGCCAAAGCGCAAGCUAGCGAGCAGAGAGAGGUGGUCAUUGAGUGGGAUCAUCUCAUCAAGGCGCUGGAUAACACAAGAGCGAGUAUCAGUUCCGAGGAGAGGACGAGACUGCAGAGGAUUUAUACAGAGUUUGUCGUGGGCAGAAGUGGACAGAUGAAGGAUGGACAAGGAAGCAUGGAGAUUGGAGGAAGAAGCAGUUUGAUGUAA